UUGCGUAUUCACCACGGUGCGGUGGAUCGCGCGGCGUUGACGUGCCGUCCUCCUUCGCAGGUGCUGGCCGAAGUCAUUCACACAUUACGCGCUUUGGGAUUGGAGGUGAGAAUGGAUGGCCACUGCAAGAUCAGAUGUGUGCGUCGACGAGCCCAAAUCCAGCGACGGUUCACCAUCAGUUCAUCCCGCAACGGCCCUAUUUACGGCGAUCCUACUGUCGACUCUGGAGAGGAAAUUCGUUUCGCCAUUGAGAUUUGCCGAUUCCGUAACUUGCCUGGACUUUACAUUGUCGAUAUCCGUCGGUUACGUGGCAAUUUGUGGGCUUACAAAUUUAUUUAUCACAAACUU